AUGGCUUUGAACUUGAAGCGUAAACGCGUCGAGAACGAUGUUCCUCGCAAGGGCUCGAAACUUCGCGGCGAAGAAGGCCCGCAGUCAGGAUCUGAUGAAUAUUCUGAGGAGAGUAGCGAGGAGUGGGGCGGGAUUCAGAUGGAACAGCCGCCGCCAGCAGUGGACAUCCAUGUCAAGAACCCGUCCAAGAAAUUGAACCUUCCUCCCACUGGAGAGGAGCUCCGGGCUAUCAGUGACGCAAAAGACUUGUACAAGUCCAAUACUUUCAAGUUGCAGAUCGACGCUCUUCUUCCCAAUGUCCAACCGAAAGAAUCUCACAUUUCGCCUUUGGAUCGGUUUCUCGUCUCUCUACAUGGAACUAUCUCUGGCAUCCCUGCCGUCUCCCCGCAACAUCCGCUCGAAGCCGCAAGGAAACUGCUCAAAAAAGGAGUCGCUGUAUCUUACGCUAUCCCGCGUCCUACCGAAGACACCAACUGGAAAGUCGCAUUCCAGCCGCCGAGCGAUAUCACUGUGGUCGGGAGCUGGGCGAACAAAAUCAGCGUGAAGGGGAAGGACGGAUCCAAAUUUGGGGUAGACGUAGCUGUGGAAAUGCCCUCGCACCUCUUUCAAGAGAAGGAUUACCUGAACGGUCGAUUCUUCCAUAAGCGGGCCUUUUAUCUUGCAACUGUGGCCGCGCACCUAAAACACUCGAAGGAUCUCAAUAUCGACGUGUCGUAUGAAUCAGCAUUCAACGAUCCUCGAUUGACCAAACUCGUGUUGGAGCCUCGAAAAGAUACCUCGCCCUACGACUUUUCAAAACUAAACGCUCGAGUCUGCAUUAUCCCUGUGUUGUCGCUCGCGGAAUGUCCCAUCCCGUUGCAUCGACUAUCGCCGGCUCAUUCAAAUCUGCGAGUCGCGAGUGAUAGUGAGACCCAAGCUCCCUUGCCAAGUCCGAUAUACAACGCACGGCUUUUGACAUCGCUGCUGCCAAAGCCACAGCUCUUGGCAGCAUAUGCCGUGAAAGAGCACACGCCUUGCUUUCCGCAAGCCCUUGCGCUGCUGCGUGUGUGGGCGAAUCAACGAGGUUACGGACAGGGUACCCGCCUCGGCGUUCGAGGUUUCGACUCGCUUGGGUCUUGGUGGGCUGCGUUGUUGACCUUGCUUGUAUCUGGGGAGAGUCCGCAAAGAAAAGGAAGGAGAAAGCCGUUAGGGAAGGGCUUGAGUUCAUAUCAAUUGUUCAAAGCAGCCCUAGACUUUCUUGCCAAACACGAUUUUUCGCAGGAUCCCGUCUAUCUCAAGACCAGUGAAGGGGACAGAUAUCCUUCCGAUGAAUACGAGGCUCAUCACGAGACUGUGUUUGUCGAAUCGACUUCCCUCGUCAAUAUGCUUGCAGGUGUUCCUCUCGGCUCAUUGCAGUUGCUCCAAAUUGAUGCGCAAAGUACAUUGGAAAGGCUCAACAUGACUUCUACGGCCGGCGAUCCUUUCCCGGAGAUUUUCCUCAAAGAUCACCGCGAUCUACCCUCUCGUUUCGAUGCGCUGCUCCGAGUCGACAUCUCGUCCGCCAAGCCUAGAACGGAGUCGCGCCACGUUAUACUUGACAGAGCGUCCGCUGUCGAUGGAUUGAUCGACGCCAUUUCUCAAGCUCUCCGUCAUGGGCUCGGGGAUCGAACAAAAGCAGUGGCCAUUCUCCACACAACUACCUGCACCCGACCGCUUUCCCAGGCACUCCCCACUGAUCCCAAUGUGCUGUUCAUCGGGCUCAUUUUUGAUCCCCGCCACGCUUUCAGACUGGUCGAUCACGGGCCCUCUGCGGAUGAGCCAGAUCCUGCCGUUGCCGAACGGUUCCGCGAGUUUUGGGGGGACAAGGCCGAACUGCGGCGGUUCAAAGAUGGCCGAAUCGUUGAGAGCGUGGUGUGGGAUGUCCAAUCGGCGGAUCAACGGUCUCGGGUGCCCAUCAUGGUCGCUAGCCACAUCCUCCAGCGCCAUUUUGGGCUCGGCGAUGAUGUUGUCCAAGCCUCGCAGCAGGGUUUCGACCCGGUGCUCAAGCUGCCCGAGAAUAUCUCCAGGGUCCAUACCAGUUCAGGGGCUGUCUUGGGCUCCAAAGGCGCUAUGGAUGCAUUUGACGGAGUGGUCAAGCAGAUCAAGGCGCUGAACGACCAGCUGCCGCUCAGUGUGGCAUUGGUGAGUGCCGCAUCCGAAUAUUUGCGCUACACGAGUGUAUUUGCGCCAGUCCCGCUAUCGGCCGCAACGGCCGGUGCUUUGCCCGAAAACGCCCGGUUUCAGCCGGCGAUCGAGAUGGUCAUCCAAUUCGAAAAGUCGGCCCAAUGGCCAGACGAGUUGCGUGCCAUCCAGAAGAUCAAGCUUGCUUUCUUCGAGCGUAUCGCCCGCGGUCUAGUUUCAGCAGUCCCCGGUCUCACUGCAGCCGUCGUUGCAUCAGAUAACACGUCAAUCGAAGACACGGCCUGUCUGCAGAUCGUCACUGCAGACGGCUGGGCGUUCGUCGCCCGCAUUUGGCACGAUCGCGAGGCCACUCUGCUCGACAGAAUCAUCUCUGGGAAGGGACUGCUCUCACAUAUCAAGAGCGAAGCCAAGAAAGACCCCGGCCGCCAAGCAGCCUCUGAGGCCAAAGACAUCUAUCUUCGACGAUUUAUACAUGCACCCCGCCACCAUCGAGCCAUUGCAGGCCUUAAUCACGUGUUCCCCGCGUAUGCACCUACUGUUCGCCUCGUCAAGCGCUGGCUUGCCAGUCAUUGGGUCUUACAGGCUCAUCUAUCCGAGGAGGCGGUCGAGCUGCUGUGCGCUGCUUUCUUUGUUGGGGACGGCAGAGAACUGGCUCUCGACUCCGAGACGAGAAACGCCGAGCGCGCCAGCGUUCCUGGCAGCAAGGAGCGCGGGUUCGCUUGUGUCGUCCGGUUUCUCAAAGACUGGCAAUGGGAAGACGGGCUGCAUGUGCCAUUGUAUGGCGACGUCACGGCCCCGUCUGUGUCUCCUGUAGCAGUGCAAAGCGUUUGGAGAUUGAUGACCGAGUUGGAUCCUGUCGGUUCUGUUUGGACACGACAGGGUCCAGAUGUGAUUGUCGCACAACGUAUCCGCGCGUUGGCCAAGGCCACUUGGGACUGUCUGCUUCAAAUGGAAAAUGGUCAUCUCGAUGUCAAAUCUCUCUUCGUCCAUCCGACAAAUGACUAUGACGUCAUUGUGCGCCUGAACCCAUCACGCAUCCCUCGGCAUGCGCAAAACAUCGAGGCCGCUUUGGCUGCCCAGUACACCAAUCCCCCACGAGCGGACGAGGUCGGCUCUCUGCGCCCUGGGUUUGACCCGAUCCGCGACCUUUUCAAUGACAUACAGGUCGGUGCCCAGCUGGCGCUUUCUCUCGUACUCAAUGUCUUCCAGCGUGUCUACGCUGACACUCUCAAGCUUUUCUACGAUCCAUUGGGGGGCGACCGGUUUGGCAUUGUCUGGGUACCGACUCUCAGACAACCCCGGCCAUUCCGGGUACUGGCAGGCUUCUCAGCCAUGCCGGUGAUACAGACCGACGAGCCCAAGAACAAGAGCUCAGUCGUGCUGAAUGAGAGCGGUGUGCUCAAGGAAAUCGAGCGAGUGGGUCUGGGGCUGAUAUCUGAUAUUACUGUGCAGAUUUAGUCAGUACAGCCAUCCAUUAGCAAGGCGUCGGGUUGUCGGACACGGUCGGAGUUGCAGUGAGCACCGGUCCGGUCCGUCCGGUGAAUCUCGGUCAUUAAUGAUUGCACUUAUAUCGUCGUCACUCUUUUGUCACGACUAUUCCACUCUUUCUUGCGCACUACCAUGACCACCUCUCUUGAUCUACUGAAACAAAGCGGCACCGUUGUCGUCUCCGACUCCGGGGAUUUUGAAACUAUCGAUGUUUACAAGCCCCAGGAUGCUACGACGAACCCCUCUCUGAUCUUGGCUGCUGCUGGCAAGCCUGCAUAUGCCAAGCUCAUCGAUAACGCCGUGGCGUACGCGAAAUCUAAGGGCGGCAGCCUUGACGAGCAAGUCGGCGUGGCCACUGACCGUCUGCUCGUCGAGUUCGGUUCGGCGAUUCUCAAAAUCAUUCCGGGUCGUGUUUCCACUGAAGUCGACGCGCGUUUGUCCUUCGACAAGGAGGCAACCAAAGCCAAGGCCAAGGAGCUCAUUGCACUGUACAAAUCUGUCGGUGUCGAGAAGGAUCGCAUCUUGAUCAAGAUCGCAUCAACGUGGGAAGGAAUUCAAGCUGCUCGCGAGCUGGAGCGCGAUGACAACAUUCACUGCAACUUGACCCUCCUGUUCGGUUUCGGCCAGGCUGUAGCUUGUGCGGAGGCCGGUGUCACUCUGAUUUCCCCCUUUGUCGGCCGUAUCCUGGACUGGUACAAGAAAUCGACCGGCAAGACGUACGAGGGUGACGAGGAUCCUGGUGUUGUGUCUGUCAAACGUAUCUUCAACUACUACAAGCAGCACGGCUACAAGACCAUCGUGAUGGGUGCUUCGUUCCGCAAUAUCGGCGAAAUCAAAUCGCUCGCCGGUGUUGAUUUCCUGACUAUUGCUCCUACUCUGCUCGAGGAGCUCAAGUCAUCCACCGAUCCCGUCCCAAAGAAGCUCGACUCUGUCGCUGCUGCCCAAGCCGACCCUAUUGCCAAGGUCUCGUUCAUCGACAAUGAGCCUGAGUUCCGCUGGUCCUUGCUCCAGGACCAGAUGGCCUUCGACAAAUUGCACGAAGGCAUCAAGAAGUUCGCCGAGGAUGGUGAGACUCUGAAGACGUUGCUGCGCAAGAAGCUGUCCGCAUAAGGGUCGCAGAAAUCAACACCUAGCUGAAUGUACACUAAAUAGAACAGCAUAACGCCACGCUCUAAACAGCUUUGAUUGGAUUUUAGACGUUCCAACGCAUAUCCAUUACACAUAAGAUUGUUCAUUGGCUCUCUACAAACUUCUUC